UCCUCUCUGGGACUUCCAAUAUGGAAAAACUGCCUAUCCAUACUAACGAGGACCUUGCAGGUCCCCAGCCUGAGAUGGGCUACCGCAGAACAACGCCAAAACAGACCUCCGAAAAACACCCUGCUUCGUCGCAUUUUCAUUGCUCUGGUCUUUUUUGCUGGCUUCUAUCUGUUUGUCACGAAGGGAUCUGAAUUUCGCCUUCCCGCGCCAUGCCAUGCAUCCGGUUCUUCCAAACAAACCAUCAUGGACCACAAAGAGCAAGCCCAUGCGUUCAACUCCAACAUGCAUGCUCCCGAGUCCCAUAAGAUCCCACUGGAAGCUCACAUCAUGAGCAAAUGCCCUGAUGCGCAAGAAUGUCUCAAGGAGUUGAUCUUGCCAACUAUGGAGCAAGUCAGCGACAAGGUAGACUUUCAACUAUCAUUUAUCGCGAACUGGAAUCCCGCGUCGGAAGAGAUCGAAUGCAAGCAUGGCCCAACCGAAUGCAUCGGCAACAUGCUCAUACUCUGUGCUGCAAAUCUUCCUUUCCCUCCUACAUCUGACGAAUCGUUGCUCCCGGCAAUGUACCCUCGUACUCCUGUCAUUCGAUCCUUGGGUUUCGCAAACUGCUUGAUUGAUGAUUUCCCUCGUAUACCGGAACGCGAUUUCGUUCACCAGUGCGCUUUGGAGCACGGUAUUGAUUUUGAUGCGUUGAACCGGUGCGCUAGUCAACAGGAUGACACUCCCGGCGAAUCGCUCAGCGGGAUUGCUCUUCUAAGACAGAACGUACAACGAAGCAAGGAACUCGGCGUCACUACAAGCUGUACGGUUCGCCUGGACGACAAAGUCUGGUGCAUUAAGGACGAUGGUGAAUGGAAGGAUUGUGUCCAGAACGGCGAGGGUGGUAAACCACAAGUAUUGGUUGAUGAAAUCAACAAACUCUACAAAGAGAAAAAUUAG